AUGGAAAGUGCCUGCCAUGCUGCUGAAGUUCUGUCUCUAGCCCAGAACAUCAGCAGUGCUGUACAAAAACUCAUGGAGUUUGGUGCAAGUGAGGCAUUCCCAAGCUUGGAAGCAAAGCAGAUUGUAUUGGUUUGGUGCAUUUCUGGAGAGAGUGAGCCAAGGUUUAGUACCCCAGACAAAGCAUUACAGUACAGAGUCCUUGGUGUCCCAGGAAAUGUGGCUGUAGUUCGAUCGUAUAUUGCGGGUGCCACUUCUCUGACGGAAAGAACGAGUGCCAUGGCCAAUACCAGUGCCUGCCAAGCAGUUGGCUUCAUAUUAGGGCCAGUUUUUCAGACGUGUUUUACACUUAUUGGAGAAGAAGGAGUAACAUGGAAAUUCCUUUGUCUUCAGCUGAACAUGUACACGGCACCAGUUUUAUUUGGAGCUCUCUUAGGGGUUAUUAAUAUUAUUCUCAUCUUUGCCAUAUUCAGGGAGCAUCGAGUGGAUGACAUGGGACGGCAGUACAAAAGUAUCAAUUCUGAUGGAGAAGGAAGUGAUGUUCUGGACCAGAACACAGAAGGAAGCAUUGACCAUGUUGCUGUGGUAGCACUCAACAUUCUCUUCUUUGUCAUCCUAUUUGUGUUUGCUGUCUUUGAAACUAUAGCUACUCCACUGACGAUGGAUAUGUAUUCCUGGACCAGGAAAGAAGCUGUUUUUUAUAAUGGAAUAAUCCUUAGCGUGAUUGGCAUUGAAUCAGUUGUUGUUUUCAUGGUGGUUAAAAUACUAUCUAAAAAGACUGGUGAGCGUGCCAUUCUCCAUGCAGGCUUAUUGAUUGUCUUGGUUGGAUUCUUUAUUUUACUGCCUUGGGGGAAGAAACUACCAAAUAUCCAGUGGCAAGAAAUAAAGAACAGCUCCAUUCCCAGAACAGCCCCCAGUGAAAUGUUAGCGCCUUUCUGGAGCUUGCCAGAGCUGCAGCUGCCAUGCAACCACACAGCAGAACCUGUGGGCUGCCCUGUCACACAGUCCUGGUGCCUGAACACUCCCAUGAUCUACCUGGCCCAGUACAUCAGCUCUGAUGUGCUCAUAGGGUUGGGCUAUCCCGUUUGCAAUGUCAUGUCCUACACUUUAUACUCAAAAGUCCUAGGACCAAAGCCUCAGGGUGUCUACAUGGGAUGGUUGACUGCCUCUGGAAGUGGAGCACGGAUCCUUGGGCCUGUUUUUGUGAGCCAGAUCUACACUCACUUGGGGCCACGGUGGGCGUUCAGCUUGAUCUGUGGAGUAGUUGUGGUCUCUCUCUUACUUUUGGAGAUAGUAUACAAGAGACUAAUUGCAUUUUCUGUCAGAUAUGGGAGGUUGCAGGAAGAGAAUUGUUAA